AUGCAAGCGCCUCGACUAGGGCGCACAGCAUUCUCCAGUGCUGCACGAGCAUCUCUCCUUCUCCAGCCGAGAGCUCUAGCAGGCUCACACAGUCGUUACGCUGCACCACCUUGCGCAAGAAAUUUAGGAGCCAUGUCGACUCGGCAAGCUUCGAGCUCGUCCGACCAGAGGAUACAAGUCGCUAACCCUGUCGUCGAGAUGGACGGCGACGAGAUGACGAGGAUCAUCUGGCACAAGAUCAAAGACGAGCUCAUCCUGCCGUACAUCAAUGUGGAUCUCAAAUACUACGACCUCGGGAUAGAGCACAGGGAUCAGACGGACGAUAAAGUCACGACAGAGGCAGCAGAAGCCAUCAUCAAAUAUGGCGUCGGCGUCAAGUGUGCCACCAUCACGCCCGACGAAGCGCGAGUUGAAGAGUUCCACCUGAAGAAGAUGUGGAAAUCGCCCAAUGGUACUAUACGCAACAUACUAGGAGGAACCGUCUUCCGCGAGCCGAUCGUGAUGGAGAAAGUACCAAAGAGUGUCCCCGGAUGGAUCAAGCCUAUCGUGGUAGGACGACACGCACACGCCGAUCAGUACCGAUCGACUGAUAUCAAAGCGCCUGGACCGGGCAAGCUUGAGCUUGUCUUUACGCCAUCGGAUGGCAAAGGCGAGAAGCAAACGUUGGAGGUCUAUGACUUCAAAGGCCCAGGAAUGGGUCUAGCAAUGUACAACACUGUUCAAAGCGUUGAGGACUUUGCGCAUGCAUCCUUCAAAAUGGCAAUUUCGAAAAAGAUCCCAAUGUACCUAUCGACGAAGAAUACAAUCUUGAAGGGCUAUGACGGCAUGUGGAAGGACACCUUCCAGAGAAUAUACGACGAGACAUAUGCGAGCGAAUUCAAGAAGCUCGACAUCUGGUAUGAACAUCGACUGAUCGACGAUAUGGUCGCGCAAAUGAUCAAAUCCUCCGGUGGCUUCCUCAUGGCCCUCAAGAACUACGAUGGCGACGUACAAUCGGACAUAGUCGCACAGGGCUUCGGCAGCUUAGGACUGAUGACGUCUGAACUCAUCACACCCGACGGCAAGAUCAUGGAAAGCGAGGCCGCCCAUGGCACCGUCACACGUCACUUCAGAGAACACCAAAAGGGCAACGAGACGUCUACCAACUCAAUCGCAUCGAUCUAUGCAUGGACGAGGGGGCUGGCUUUCCGCGCAAAGCUCGACGACAAUGAGAAGCUUCUCAAAUUUGCUCAGGAUCUCGAGGCUUGUUGCAUAGAAGCUGUCGAUAAAGACGCGGUCAUGACCAAGGAUCUGGCACUGGCGAUACAUGGCAAGAACAUGAAACGGGAACAUUACGUUACGACCGAAGGCUUCCUCGAUUUUGUUCGAGACAAGCUUCGCAAGAAGAUCAGUGCUUACGCAAAGCUCUAA